GGAGAAGCCAAAGGACAAGGAUGAUGCCUACAGGAUGCUGCGCAGGCUGAGUGGCCAGCAGCACAGUGUCAUCACCGGUGUGGCCAUCUUGAGGCCACUGUGGCGGAGGCAGCUUCAGGAGCCGAGUUCCACAUGCCCAGAGGCCCCAGAGGCGGAAGGGGACCCAGAAGCAGAAGUGGAAUUGUCACUGUUCCACGAAGAGACCCGUGUGACAUUCUCGCGGCUAUCGGAGCCACUGCUCUGUGAAUACGUGGAGAGCAGGGAGCCUCUGGACAAGGCUGGCGCCCUAGCAGAGCGCAUGGAAGGGGAUUUCUUCAAUGCCCUGGG